AUGAUGACUGGAUAUUCGCUGCCAUGCUGCGCCUCAGUCGGCACAUCUCGGCUCAUUGUCGCAGAGCGGUUCAUCGUUGGCGUCUCGAUGUUCUCCAAUUGGAGCACCCGCUCUGCAGCACGCAACCAGAGCUUGGAACGCUCGAAGCAGCUCCCGGCGCUUAGGCCGCCGCCUUCCAUGCAUUUUGCCGAUGUGCAUCUCCUCGAUCUAAGCUCAAAUCCCCCUGGAGGCACCUUCUCAGAUCCCGUGAUUUCCCGAGCAGAUUCCUUCGCAUCUACUAGAGCAAGCACUGGAACGAGCCUAUCUCACGGGAAAAGCAUUGCAUUACGCGAGAAUCAGCGAAAGAUGAUGGUGAUGAACUUCUUGGAUGCGAACGGGUUCAUGCACAUCAAUGAGGCAAAGACCUCUUGGUUUUGCACCAGCUAUCCACUACAUGUGGCAGUGCGCCAGAAGAAGGCAGCAGUUGUGAGGGCACUACUCCUUCUUGGAGCUUGGCGCGAUGCCAAAUCUCGACGUGGCGAAACCCCAGAAGAGCUGGCCGUACGCUGCCAGCGCCGGUGGGGUGGAUAUGAGGAUAUUGUGAAGGUUUUCGAAGAGGACAAGCUCCGAAGCCAGCAGUCUGUUCCUGUGGCCUCAUCCUUCUCGACGUCAUCGGCCCCAGCGGUCUCCUCUUCAGCUUCAGGGCAUAGUUCCAGGCAGCCUCAAGUCAAGCCAAGAGCCCCUGCAGACCGAGCACCUCGUCGAUAG